AUGAUGCUCUUCGUGUCCCACGCGAAAAGAGGAACCACUGGGCUACUCUGGCACGCGAUCGGGACAAAUGGAAGAAUUACUGGCGCCAGCUCGACCAGUUCGAAGAUCAACGGGAGUCAAGGUGAUCAAGGUGAUUCAACCAGAGCCAGCACUAUGGGAGAAGUACUGGGCCAUAUAAGAAGAAGGUACACAGGAAUUCGUGCAACCAAAGAGAGACGUCCAGGCCUUGAUAGACGAGAAAGUGUUGAAAGGAUUCUUGGAUACGGUGCAGAAAAGAGAAGACGGUUACUAUGUCCUCUUCCUUGGAGAGAAAUCACCACUACGUUACCGGAUAACAGAGCUAUUGCAUUACGACGACUUGACAGUGUGUGGAAUUCGUUCCAAAAGGACAAGGAGCUUCUGAACAAGUACAACGACACAUUCAAGGAGCAGGAGCGUCAUGAUGAUUGA